ACGGUGGGAGCCGCCGCCAACCAUCAUGGGGGACGUGCGCCAGAGCGCGAGCUCGCUGUCCGGCUCCACGUCCAUGGACGAGCUGCGGAGCUUCAUCCGGAUCGAGAAGUGUCCGCUGUGCGAGCGCACGGCCAAAAACUUCUACUGCCGCCUGUGUGUGCGCACUGGCGACUUCGGCCACUCGCGUGACACCUGUCCGACGCGCUUCGCUGACCGCAAGCUGCAGCUGUUUCGACUAAAGCACGAGAUCAUCAACUACGCCAUCGCCGUGGAGGAGGCAACGGCGCCACAGCGGCAGCUAGUGGAGGGCGCACUGGCCGAGCGCACCGCGCGCGUGCAGCAGCUGCGCGCCCAGCUGGCCGCCACGUGCCGUGCCAACCGUCAGAUGCGCGAGCGCCAGCCGCGCUUCUGCGUGCGGCUGGACGAGCUGCGCGAGCGGCACGCAUCGUCGCACGUGAGCACGCGCCGGCUGACUGAACGGCUGGAGAUCGUGCAGCAUGCGCUCAAGGGCAACGUGCGCGGCAACGUGCGCCAGCUGGUGGCGGUAGUGUUCCCGGUGUCGGAGGUGCAGCCGCGCCCGGGCCUGGGCCGGCCGGCGGCCGCGCUUACGGCCACCGAGUCGGCGCUGGCCGACGCGCAGAGCCUGGCGUACGUCCGUGGCCGCUGGGUGCACCUGGAGCACGCGGGCGAGCUGCAGUACCGAGUGGUGGCGCCCACGCUGCCCGGCUCGGGCGACUACUCGGCCUACCACGUGUGGGCGUCUGCCAACCAGAGCAGGCGCCAGCGCCGGCCGCCGGGCCAGCCCAGCCCCGUGCACAAUCUAUCCGCCGCGCUUACCUACACCGCCCAGCUGCUGAGCGUCCUUGCCUUCUACAUGGACGUGCGGCCGUGCAACCGGCUCUGCUACAGCGAGUUCUGUCGCUACGAGAUGUCCGAGCGCGAGUUCAACCACCGCGUGGCCAAGCUGAACGCCAACCUGGUGGGCCUGUGCUUGACGCGGGCUGUGUCGGCAGCGCUGCUGGAGCCGCGCCGCACGGCCGCCAAUCUGUGCCUGCUGCUGGUUGCUGACCUGGGACGGCGCGGCGCGGUGCGUCCGCCGGACGCGCUGCUCCGCUCCAUGGAGGAUUCGCUGCGCGCCGACCUCGACUUCAACGACCCGCUGGAGACGGCGGCAGAGCCGGCUGCAGGGACCGGCCGCUGCCGACGAGCCGGACGAGGCCGACUGGGAGCAGGUGCCGAACGAGGUGCCGGGCGCCGGCGAACUGGAGGGGCCCGGCUCGGCCAGCGUCGCCGCCGGCCUCGUCUCCACGGCCGCCGCCAGCGUGGCCUCGUUCCUGCGCGGCUUUAACCGGUAGGCGGCGAUCGAGACGACAGGUGACGCCAGUACCGUUGUGGUGACGGGUGUGAUUUCGGAGAGAUUUUGGAUGCGAAAGCGCGGUUGCGAGCUGUGGCUGUUUGCUGAAAUACACAACUACCGGUGUAAAACAGGUGUUACCUGUCGCUUCUCUAAGACGUGUUGUGGCAUUUGUUACCUGAUGGCAGGUUUCUUACGGUUGACCGUCGUCUAUCACACUCCCGCAAAUGCGACGCGAAGUACCGAUCAAGGAUGCCGAUAAUGACCUGACAACACGCAUUACCUACUUAUGGGGUAUGCACAACCCGCACACGUCUUCUAUCCCUUACGACACCU